AUAAAAAAGCCCAAACGAGACAGAGUGCACAACACGUUUUAGAAAUAGCAUCUCCCGUGUCGUGCUUUGGAAAUGGAUGUGUGUUAAAUUGGCAGAUAGUCAGCGAUUUUAGAAAAGGAAGUGGGUGUUCUGUUUUGUGGAUGAAAAUUGUCAAUGUUGCGCUGCCCGUCUCACUGAUCUUUAGCAGAUUGUAAUCCCAUCAGAUGGUCAGUCUCAGCCCCCCUCCCUGCAGUGAAGAAACCCUGUCUGCUUCCUACGAGAUUCAAUCUAGGAUAACUUUGAGUACAGUGGAAGGGGACUUUUUGUACAAAUAAAAAGGACUGCACUGUUAUUUUAUUAUUUUAUUAUACUUUUAAUCAUCUAGAUUUUCUGAUUUUCUUAUUUCCAGACUCGCAUUUAACAACUAUAGAGUUUGAAUUUAAUUUAGCCUUUAAAACAUGGAUUUGCUCAGGAAGGACUGGAGUUUGUUAAUUCUAAUUCUGAUUUCAUUCGUCGCACAGACUUUUUGCUUGCGGAGAACUACUGCAAGGAAACAAGACAGGCUGAGCCCUCCACUGGACAUACAGCUUGAGUCCCUGAACUGCACAGCCUUCAGUGCACGAUGGCGAAUGCCCAGGCGGCAUGUCAGUACCAUCACCGGAUACACGGUGUUUUACACAGAGAUGAAGAACAACAGGCCUGCGGGACCAGCAGUGUUGCAUAAUGUUCCUCUCAGUCUGGACAUGCUCAGUACUGGGCAGUUUGAUGGACAAGCAAGUUUUGAGGUUGUCCUUGGUAACUUAACGGCUGCGACUCAGUACCGUGUUAGCGUGGGAGCAUAUGGUUGGGCAGGAGAAGGAAGGCCGAGCAUGCCCAGAGAUGUAAACACAGAAUCGAAAGAUAAAUGCAUGCCGCCUUCACCAACAACUAAGCCAGAGGUCCUUGCUGUGUCAGAUACAGAGGUGGUGUUGUCAUGGAAACAGGGAGCUAGUCCAGGCAGUGCACCUAUUCUGUACUACUUGGUGGAAUACAUCAGACCAGAACUGGAAACAGAAUGGACAGCAAUCAAAGAGCAGAUCAAGACUGAGUCUAUGGUGAUUAAGGGGCUCAUCCCAGACACACAGUACCAGUUUGCUAUCCAAGCAGUUAACAUGCAUGGAGCCAGCUUGCACAGUGAACUCAACGACCCAGUCAAAACUCUCAGCACCGUUGAGACAAACAGUGGAAACAAUGGGAAACGAUACAUUGCAAACACUAAGAUCAGUGAUGAAGAUGGCUUUGAGAUUGAUGAUUCUGUCUAUGAUAUUUAUAUAGAAGAGCUAAAACCAUUUCCUGCUAUCAAGGGGGGAAACAAGAAAUUCCAAGUUCAGUCCAAGGUGAUGCCUGUCUCUCAGACAGAAAGGAGGAACUCUGCCAAAACAACGACCACUCCUGAACCCAUCACCACCACCACCAGCACCACCACCACCACCACCAGCACCACCACUCAGAGGAGCGGCACCUCGCCACGGCUCUACGAGCUCCCCUGCGAUGAGACCGUCUGCCCUCCUGACAGUUUCUGUGUCAACGACUACAACCGGGGAGGCUCCCGAUGUCACUGCAACCUGGGAAAGGGUGGAGACUCGUGCUCAGAAGAUAUUCCAAUCCAGUACCCAAACUUUUAUGGCUACUCCCACAUGACUUUUGAACCACUGAAAUAUUCCUAUCAGACAUUUCAAAUUACCAUUGAAUUCAAGGCUGAUUCUGAGGAUGGCUUGCUGCUGUACUGUGGGGAAAAUGACCAUGGCCGCGGGGACUUCAUUUCACUGGCUAUCAUCCGCCGCAGGCUGCAGUUCAGGUUUAACUGUGGAUCUGGCCCAGCUGUCAUUAUAAGUGAAAGCAGAAUCAAGCUGGGUAGCUGGCACAGCGCCACCAUUUAUAGAGACGGACUGAAUGGGUGGCUCCGCCUGGACAACGACACCCCUGUGACCGGAAAGUCUCAGGGCCAGUAUAGCAAAAUCACAUUCAGGACUCCAUUCUACGUGGGCGGGGCCCCCGGUGCGUACUGGCUGGCAAAGGCUGCUGGGGUGAACCAUGGGUUCCAGGGCUGUGUGCAGACGCUGAACAUCAACAGGAAAGCCAUUGACAUGAGGCCAUGGCCGGUUGGAAGAGCGCUGAGUGGAGCUGAUGUGGAUGAGUGCAGCAGUGGCGUGUGUGAUGAAAUCUCCUGCAUUAAUGGUGGAAUGUGCUUUGCAAACAGGGCCGAUUCUUACAUCUGUCUUUGUCCACUCGGAUACAGAGGACGACACUGUGAGGAAAGCUUCUGGGUGUCGCUUCCACGAUUCAAUGAGACUCUGAUGUCUUAUGCCAGCGUGCCUUGGCCCAUGGCACCCCAGCACUACCUUUCCUUCAUGGAGUUUGAGAUCACCUUUCAGCCAGCCUCAAAGGAUGGGGUUCUCCUGUACAGCUACGACACCACCAGUAAGGACUUCAUCUCCAUAAUCAUGGCAGAAGGCUUCGUGGAGUUUCGAUUUGACUGCGGCUCUGGGACUGCCGUCAUCAGGAGUGAGGAGCCUGUCAGCCUGAACAGGUGGCACGAGCUGCGAGUGUCACGCACAGCCAAGAACGGCAUUCUGCAGGUCGAUAACCAGAAUCCUGAAGAGGGAAUGGCAGAGGGUGCCUUCACUCAGAUCAAGUGUAACACCCAAAUCUACAUCGGUGGCUUUCCAGACUAUGAUAGUGUCAAGAGGAAUUCUGGAGUCCUGAAGCCUUUCACUGGAAGCAUUCAGAAGGUCAUCCUGAAUGACCGGACAAUCCAGUUAAACCAGGACUUUGCUUCAGGAGUCAAUGUGGACAAUGCUGCCCAUCCUUGUGUGGAUAACCCCUGUGCCAAUGGAGGCUCCUGCAAACCCAAGAGGGAUGGGUAUGAGUGUGAUUGCCCUUUGGGCUUCGACGGGGAGCACUGCCAGAAAGAAUGUGGAAGUUACUGCCGGAACAUAAUCAAUGAAGCCAUUGAAAUCCCCCAGUUCAUUGGCCGCAGUUACCUUACCUAUGACAGCAAAGACAUCCUGAAAAGGGUGUCAGGCUCGCGGUCAAAUCUGUUCAUGAGGUUUAAGACCACGGCGAAGGACGGCUUGUUACUGUGGCGAGGAGACAGCCCCAUGAGGCACAACAGCGACUACAUCUCCCUCGGACUCCAGGACGGAGCCCUCGUCUUCAGCUAUAAUCUGGGCAGUGGGGUUGCCACCAUCAUGGUGAAUGGGUCCUUCCAUGAUGGUAGAUGGCACCGGGUCAAGGCAGUCCGGGAUGGACAGUCUGGGAAGAUGACUGUGGAUGACUACGGCGCAAAAACGGGGAAAUCGCCGGGGAUGAUGCGGCAGCUUAACAUAAAUGGUGGUGACCUCUAUGUUGGAGGAAUGAAGGAGAUAGCGCUACACACAAACCGACAGUACAUGCGAGGCCUGGUGGGGUGCAUAUCCCACUUCACUCUGUCUACGGAUUACCACAUAUCCCUGGUGGAGGAUGCCGUAGACGGGAAAAACAUAAAUACUUGUGGGAACAAGUAGCAGCUAUCCCUGGUUGCUUUGGGACUCUUACUUGUGGGACCAAAAACAUGAGGACCCAGUGCAUUGGUCUGCAGUCCAGUACAUGGGUGCUCUGAAACCAAUUUGUGGGUCUCUCCUAUAGUUCUCAAGGAUAACAUCUAGUGAUAUUUUUGCUUUGUCACUUUCUUUUUGUAGAUAUUCUGUUAACCAAAGACACCUUAGAGUAUUUCUAAACCUGAGACCGUCUGUGAGUACUUGUUCUGCUCUUUAGAAGAAUUAAGGUACAGUAAAAGCCUGUUUGGAAGAACCCAGUACCAGCACACUACAAGACUAUAUGCCUCAUUACCAGAAAAAGGUUCUUCUGUUUGAAAGUUGCUUGAUAUUUCAGAACCCUAUGGAUCUACUGUAUCAAGGUGUAAAUACUGUACCAUCCAAUUGUAUAUUUAUUGUUCUAUGGUCAGAUCAGUUUAAUCCCCAUAGAAAAUAUCCAGCAAAGUAGGACCUGCCAAAAUACCAUAGCAGGAAGAGGAAAGAAACGAUUGAGUCAUAAGGUGAACCCUAAGGAUACAUACUGGAGGUCAAAGUGGGUUAUUUUAUAUUUAAUUUUUUUUGUUUUGUUUUGUUUUGUUUUGUUUUUAAGUACCUAGUACAGUAAAUAUAUAGAGAAUAUCAUUAAGUGUCGCAGGAACUUUGAAUAUCUAGUUAAGAUCACAGACUUUGUUUACAAUAAUCUUAUCGUAACCCAGUAUGUUUGCAGGUUAUGGAGAAAUGUUUUAUAUAUAUAUAUAUAUAUAUAUAUAUAUAUAUAUAUAUAUAUAUAUAUAUAUAUAUAUAUAUAUAUAUAUAUAUAUACACACACACACACACAGAGGUUCUCUAAAUAUGUAUAUUGCAUUUGGAAAAUAUCUGGAAUAAAAAUAUUUUAAACAUUAAAAAACCACCAUCAUUACUUCACGUAUGGAAACAAAUUACCUAGUUCUUUUGAAUUUGUUUUAGGACUUUGUGUCUUAAGUGUACUGUAUAUUUGUGAUUGAUUUUUUUUGUUUUCCCUGGCGCACGCAAUUUUGUAAAUUGUCUAUUCCUGAAUAUGUAAAUGUAUGAUGCUUUUCAGUUUAAAAAAAUUAAAUUGAAAUUUAAUACA